UUUUCGCGGGUUGCAAAGAAAGAGAAAUAGGAAUAGCAUAAAGGGGUACGGUAGGCACCAAACUAUCCCCUCCAUCAAAAAGAAAUAGAAGGAUAUAGACACAUUUGCCUGCUAAAGAAACUUCCAUGCAUGGCUGUAUAUUUCUUUAAUUCACAGAUAGUAAACUGACUCUUCGUGGUAUUGCCAAGGACAUAGCCAGUGGGGCGAUUACUAUUGAAGAUGUUGAAAAGAAUUAUCUAGCUCCUGCCCUGCCCUGAUCUCAGGAGUCUGACGGUGCUGCCAGGAGGAGUAAAAGAAAAAAAAACUUUCUUUUAAGAAGAAGGAAUGUGUCGAAAUUAUGGCAGCUCCUCCAUCAAAUGCAGCUAAAUCGCCAGCCGCGAAAAAAAGAACAAUGAAGUCCCAAUUCAAUUCACAGACGUUCAAAAUGCUGAGUAACAACAGUGCUGCUAAUGGAGAUGCCGCCGAAAGUGACGACAGCAUCCAGCAGUCAUUAAGCAGCAACAGCUCUUAUAAGAAGAGAAACGUACAUGAUGAUGAGGAUUAUGAUUUCUUCCUCGAUUCCGAUAAGGAUUCUCAACACCGAAAAGAAGCUAGGAAACAAAUGGAAUACGAGGUUUUCUUGAUCUCCGUGCUCAAAUAUUUGUCAUUUGUGAGAUGAAAAAAAGAGUCGUAAAGCUUCACUCUGUCGGGCAAUCAUCUGUGUCAUCACAACAUUCGUCUACUUCUUCCUAGUCCAGCAGUUAAUCAAAUGAUGAAGCCAACAAAAGUGAUGAUGUUGUCUCUGACUCUCUUGCGUAUCCUGCUACCUCCAGCCCGUGUGAUGAAUCAACAUCGCACACAUUUGAAGUUGGAAAAUCCGGGACAAAGUUUCCCAUUUCAAUGAAAGUUGUGGAAAAGUUGAGCAAGGAUGCCAAUAUAAAUUUAUAUAUCACGAGGCUACUGGACUAUCUCUAUACGGAAGAAUUCAUGGCUAAGACUACAGUUACGAGCAAACGAAACAAGUCAGCCAGCCCAUCUGAGGAAGGCCAGCUAGACUAGAAAGAAUUACGUGAAAUAAUAGUGUCGCGGGUGAAAAGGGAGAUUGGUUAUCUCUUCACAGAGAUGAGUCAUCCGCUCCUUGGACAACGCUGCGAUCGUGGCGAAGAAAUUAUCGGGAGAAGUCCGCUCUAAGAAAAAUACGC